CAGAACUAAUAAGUUAUUAUCAUAGAAUUCAUUAAGUUAAAACAUUAUGAAUUUUGAUAACGGUCUUGUACUCUAUUAUGACACUAUAGAUUACAUUAGUAUAUUAUUUAUGACUGACUUGUAACAAAAAUGUAUGAAGUAAUCAUAAAAAAAAUAUACUCUCAAUUUUUUUGUAAAAUAUAUCGAUUCAACAAUAAAAUCGGACUGACUAUCGAUACAAAAAAUCGAUACAUAUCGCCCAUUACUAGUCUUGAAUAACUUCAGUGGUGGGAAACACUUAAGGAGUUGGUAUUAAUUCUGUAUUGAACUAGUUUGUUGCUCGAACAUUUUUACAUUUGACAUUCGAAUAUGUACGCACUCGAGUUGUAAAAUGAAUUUGGUAGUACUACCAUUGAGUAUAGAUAAACAAUCUACACUCAAUGGUACUACGAUAAAAUGUUAAAAUUGUUGAUUUUAAAAUGCAGCUAGAGAUCGCCACAAAGCUUUACAUUCAGGAUCUAUUGUUGCUAAAGUACGUGUUUAACGACUAAUGUCAUUGAGUUUAUUUCUAUAUCAAAGUAGUAUGAACUGACACUAGUUAGUGUGACAUGUGAUUAUUUCUUUAACCGUUUCGUAAUCAGUAAAAAUCGCAAUUUAGUAGAAUCAAUGUCAAGAUUUCAAUUGUUUCACAUUAACAUGUUGCAUCUUACAUGUUACAGUUAAGACGAAUUGGAAACUGGAUAAAAAUUGCCCAAAGUUCAUUUUUGCCUAAGAAGAAUUACCAUGUCGGCCAAAAAAAUAUUACGGGCGUUUAAUCCAAUUCAAGUUUAUUUAGUCGUUUUUCUCACUUUGACUUAUUUUUUAGUACAAUUAAUAUACAGUCAAACCACACAUGCUCUUACAUUGUUACUGGACUCGUACCAUGUGCUGUGCAAAUUAAUUUAUUUAUUUGGAUCUAUAUUAUGUGCUAAGCAUAAUAGUGACGACGAAGAAGGAUGUUUAAAUGAAGAAUGUCUUGAAAAAACAGUCCCAAGCGAAGAGACUACUCAUAUGCUAGAAAAUGACUUCAAAAAAGCAUCUUCGACGUGUACACACCCACAUCCCGAAAGGAAGUUAAAAAAUACCUUUGGAUGGGCUCGAAUAGAAGUAGUUAUCAUGCUUUGUGGUUGUGUUUUUUUGGCGUCACUCAGUUUUUCAUUAGUUGUCGAAGCUAGUCAAACACUCAUACACAUUGACCAUCAAGAUCCAAUGCACGAACCCACAUCAGUAUUUUUUGUUGGAUUUGCUGGUAUUAUAGUUCACGGGUUAUGCUACUUGAUAUUAGGUACAAUAGCUCCAAGUAGUUCAGCGACUACAGAAAAUGGAGACAUUGUUCCAUUAACAUCUAGUCAAUUAAUGAAGCAAAAAGUACAAACAAAAAAUUGUAACUUCCGAGAAAUGUCUCGAGAUAUAGUUGGUUGCUCAAUAGUAAUGGUCUGUUCUGUCAUUGUAAAAUUUACAGAUCCUAAUUUUGCCAAAUUCGUAGAUCCUGCCUUAUCCAUUCUAUCAGCAAUACUAUUACUGUACCUCAAAUUUCCAAGCAUGAAGGAAUCUUGUUUGAUUCUUUUACAAACAAUACCUGAUCACAUGAACAUUGAUACAAUUUGUAAAGAGUUGAUGCAAACAUUCCCAGAUAUAGUGAAUGUACAUGAACUUCAUAUAUGGCAACUUACUGAAGAAAAAACUAUAUCUACAGCACAUAUCAUAUUUUUGAAUCCCAAAGAUUAUUUAAGAAUAAAUAAAGCCGUCAUUAGUUUUUUCCAUGAAAAUGGUAUAAAAGAAGUAACAAUACAACCUGAAUUUUUUAAAGAUGAUCAAAAUAUACAGAUGAUUCCUGAAUAUGGUAUGGGACAGUGUUUAGUUAAGUGUAAUCAAAUUGAAUGCUAUGAUAGAAAUUGUUGCGAGUUAAAUGACAUGAUUGACAUAGCAAUAACAGAAGAAACGAAUCAUUCUCAUGGUAGAGUUCUAGAAGAUAAUGUUUCUUCUCCAGUUGACAGAAUUCAAACUAUAGUAUGUAAAAAUGACAUACCUAUUUCUAUUUACCUAGGUAAAAACCGCAUCAGUAUAUCUCCAUCUCCUGUAGCUGCUGCAGCUCCAAUAUUAUUCAUAGCAUAUGCUCCUGAUCCAGGAAUAGUAUUAAACACUGAAAUACGUGUUAAGAAAAGGACAGGAGAAAAAUGUAAAGAAGAAUUGGUACUUAAGUUUGUUUCUUUAAAACCCAUUUCAAUGGCAAAUUGUGUGGCACCUUCACCAACUAAUAAUGUAUGUUUUGUAUUUUCCAUGACAUGUUGUGCAACUUUAGAAGCUUGUUUUAUACGUUUUAAACCUCCUACUGCUCCUACAUUCAUAUUUCUUGUCAAUUUUACUAAUAUAACAAUGUCAGCUACGACUAGAAGUGUGCGACAUCAAACUCUGGAACAACAGAAACAGUUAUUAGAAAUGAAAAUGCGCCAAGUUAGGCACGCACCACAGAUUAUUAAAGCAUCCGACAACAUUAUACCCAGUGUUAGAAUACAUUCUAAAUCUAGUAAAUCAUUAGAAAUGAAUUGUUAUGAUGGUCCAUUAGCAUAUGCUAUGGUUAAUAACAGCCCCGAUUCUAGUGAUGUAAUAGGUUUAUCAAGACAUUCUAUUAAUCAAGAUGUAAUUGAAGAUAUGAGGAAUGAAGUAGCUGAAAUGACUGUAGAGGAAAGAAGGAUAUCAAUUGAUACUGAAGAUGAAGAAUCUAGUUCUAUAUCACCUCUAAAAAGUAUUAGUUCUAUACAUAUUAAAGACAAUAGUCCGUUUAUUUAUCCAUCAUCAACUUUAACUGAUACAAAUGAGUUGGAAGGUGAUAUAUUUGGUAAUUUAGAAUCAUUUGUGAUGGAACCUGCAUCACAAGGUGUUCAUUUCAAGUGCCGUAUAACUAGAGAUAAGAAAGGUAUGGAUCGAGGUUUAUAUCCUACCUACUACCUACAUUUAGAUAAAGGCAACGGAUCAAAAGUGUUUUUGUUAGCUGCUCGAAAACGAAAGAAAAGUAGGACAUCAAAUUAUUUAAUAUCUACAGAUCCUACAGAUUUAUCUAGAGGGGGUGAAUCAUAUAUAGGAAAAUUAAGAUCUAAUUUGAUUGGAACACAAUUUACAGUAUAUGAUAAUGGAACUUCUCCAUAUAAAUCAUCUAUUGAAGGUGUUGGUGAAAGACAAGAGCUUGCUGCUAUUGUCUAUGAAACAAAUGUACUUGGGUUUAAAGGACCACGAAAAAUGACUGUAAUAAUUCCAGGCAUGAAUAAAAGUCAUAAACGAGUAAAGAUAUCAACUUCAGAUAACAGUAGUUCACUAUUAGAAUGCUAUCGAACUAAAACUAUGGAUGAUUUAAUUGAGCUCCACAAUAAAACUCCUCAAUGGAAUGAGGAAACACAAUCAUAUGUUUUAAAUUUUCACGGAAGAGUUACUCAAGCGUCAGUAAAAAAUUUUCAAAUUGUCCAUGAUAAUGAUGUUGAUUAUAUAGUUCUUCAAUUUGGACGCAUAUCUGAUGAUCUUUUCACUAUGGAUUAUAGAUACCCACUGUGUGCAAUGCAAGCUUUUGCUAUUACUUUAAGUAGUUUUGAUAGUAAAUUAGCUUGUGAAUAAUUAAGAUAAAUCAUAUUUCUAUUUAAAUUAACAAGUGAAAGAUAUUGUAUCAGUAUUUUUAUAUGAUAUCUAUGAAACUUGUAUUUUAUUAUUAUCACUUGAUAAAUUUAAAUCUAAUGUAUAGUUAAUUUUGCACCUUAUAUGUCUGUUUAUUCUAGUCUUUUUUUACAAUUUUUUCUUAAAUUAUAUUUAAGAACAAAGUGAUAUAUACUAAUGAUUAAGUAAUUUUACUAUGAAUAUUUCACUUUCAUAAUAGACUUUCAAGAAUUGUACAAUUUUUUCUUUGUCCUGCCUUUAAUACUGUAAUUGUGAAGUUCUCUAAACUUUUUUAUGUAUUUGUAUUUUAUAUUUUUAAUAUUUUAUUUAGUUUUAAAUAAUUAAAACCCGACAUUUUUUUUGGAGUCUUAUCUAUCUGCCCCUAAUAACAUCUUAUGACAAACUAUAUUUUACUCUACAUAUCAUUUCAUAAAUAACCUAUUUAUAGUUUGUAUGAAAGAAAUUGAUAUAAAAUAUAUUCUUUUGAGACAUUUUAAAUAUGUGUCAUAUUGUCUUUAAAUUUGUUAAGUGGAGAAUUCAAAUAAUUGUUUUAUCUAACUUGCUUUGUUAUAUUUUGACAAUAUUGUGUUAUGUUACUAUUUAAUUUUGAUUGUACAAUUUUAUUGACAAUUUACAGGACCAAUGCAAAUUGAUAUGUAAAUUCUUAUGUUAAGUUAUUUUUUCACUUAAAUUAAGCACAUUAUUUUUUGUAAAAUUGCACCAAAUAUAUUAUUUAUCUCGCUA